GGCAGGUAUCUGGAUAUGCAGGUAUGCCGGUGACUCAGCCGCCCUCUCUCCAUCUACCUAGUACCUAUCUACAUGCAGUGUUGGUUGUGGCUCAUCUGCAUACCUAUCAGACAAUGCCACCUCCGCAUCAAAGUCCAACAUGUAGAUUUAGAUAGGAGGGCGGAUCUAGAUUGGUUACACUGCCUGCCUUGCCGACGUUGUCAUAUGUCAUACCUACUAACUAGGUCUCUAUAUAUUGCUUCAAGUCUCUUCAGACAUCCGGUAUGUUCUUGCUAACCACCUCGUCCUUGUUACUUACCUCUUCACCCUAAGGCCGGUCUUAUUCCCAUCUACUUACUUCAGAUUUUCAUUUACUUACACUUCCCCAGUUAGUUUCUUUAUCCCCUACCUAACUCAUCAUGGCUAAACCAAGAGGUCGCGGCGGCAAACGGGCUGCGCAAAACCAACGCCAUACUUACCGAGAGAAUGACCCAGCCAUGCUCGCAGCUCAAAAAGAAGCAGAAAGACGUGAGAGAAUCUUGGCUGACCGUUAUCGUACGGAAGCCAAAUGGCGGCCCAAGAUUCCCGAAGUUCGCAAGGUCAACUUCGAGAACUUCAAGAAUCGUUUCCAUGACCCGUCCGAGCCUGAGUAUGCAAUCGAUGUUCUCAUAGAUGGCGCCAACUUGCAAGCCCAGAUUCGACGUGAACAGGCCGCUCGACGCAAAGCCGAGAUUGCUCGUAUCCGACAGAGAUACCUGAUUGCUUCCGGGGUUGCGAGGGAGCAAGUCUAUGCCCCUCCGUAUAAGAAGGAAACCCAGGAGAAGGUCAAGAGGGACAAGCGAGCUGAGACCUCCCAGGGAACCGACACUGACAUUCAACGCAUUCGCAUCCAGUCUCAGCCUAUCCUGGGGCAUCUCACAACUCUUCUCAAGGACACCGAGCAGCGCUCGACUCCUCGUACCUUUGUGAGGCCUUUCAAGGCUCUCGUCUACUUCCAGCCCAAGAUGAAGGAGAUUCUCGCCACUCUAGAGGAGAAGUGGGCUGACUACGAGGAGAUUGACGAGUUUGGAUCGGAGAAAGUGACAGAUACCCCUGAAGAAGUGGAAAUCAUCGAGAGAGCAGACACCAAAGACAAAGAUGCUGACUCCCAGGACGACGAUGAUGAGAGCGACACCGAGUCGCUCCUAUCGGUUGACUCCAAUGCCGAGGACUUAGAUGGCAUCAUGGAUAGCCCUGAAGCUCUCAAGGACAUGCGAUGCUACGUCAACUUCAUCGACAAGGAAGUCAUGCCUUUGUAUUCGCGUUUCCAAGGAAACGAUACGAACAAAGUGAAGUUUGACGACUUGUGGUCUCUCUUCCGAGUCGGAGAUCUCAUUCACAUGCCGGCUGCUGGGGAAACCGCAGGCCGUUACCACGAGGUUUGGCGCAUUUACCGAGUCGAGGUUCCAGAGCCGGAGGUGUCAUUCCCCUCGAAAUUGGGUUGGGAAUUUUUCGCGGAUGAGUUGCAGCAAGACAAGAAGGCUAAGUUUACAAUUUUCGCCUACUACAUUGAUCACGAUGGCAACUCAUUUGGGGCCGUGCGACACAAGUUCGAGCUCGACUCCUUCCCCGGCGAACGGCUUAUCGAGUCUCUCGAAGUUUUCCCCAUUCGCUAUCGACAGGAGCACGAACAAUUCUUGGAAUCGCUCAAGAAGCAAGGCCAGUAUUUCCAGAAGCUCCUCUCAGACCGUCACAAGUCAUACAACGCCUGGACCCUGACGAGAAACCCGCCCUUCGACACUACGGAAGUUGAUGAGGAGAUUUUGCACAACGAAAACAGGGACAAGAUGCGGCACCCCGAGUUUGUGGAAAGUGACGUGAUCGUCGACCUGGCGGAAGCGUACCAGAAGAACCCAGACUGGCGGCCCAGGUUCCACAAGCUGACAGUGACCAAGAACAUCCGAUGCGAGGCCGAAGACGACGACAUGAACAUCCAGCAGUGGCAGGACGGAUCGCGACAAAACCUCGUGUACGCGCAGCGAGAGAUCGUGCAGAAGGAAGACGGCGUGGAGAUGUGGCAGCGCCGGGAGAACCUCAACGUCGACGUGUUCCUGCGCCAGCGCACCAAGGAAACACGCACCUACGACCCGGCGUCGAAGGUCCCCGAGCUCCGCGACGAAGACUUCGUGCUGCUCCCCAAGCGCAUGUUCGCGUACGCCCUGCGCGAGCGCCGCUUCGUGCCCGUGAACACGCACUUCCUGCGGCCCAUCCGCCGCGAGCAGGGCGUCUUCGAGAACCUGAAGAUCCUGAAGGACUACAAGGACAUCGUGCGCGGCCUCGUCGCCUCCCACUUCCAGAAGAAGUCGCUGGAGAGGCGCUACGUGGACAUGUCGCGCGAGGGCCCCUCGCAGGAUCUGAUCCAGAACAAGGGCCGCGGUCUCGUCGUCCUCCUGCACGGCGUGCCCGGUGUAGGCAAGACGGCGACGGCGGAGGCAGUCGCCAUGGAGUACCAAAAGCCGCUGUUUGUGAUCACCUGCGGCGACCUCGGUCUGUCGCCCAGCGAGGUGGAGUGGUCGCUGAACAACGUGUUCCGGCUCGCGCACCUCUGGGACUGCGUGCUGCUGCUCGACGAAGCCGACGUGUUCCUGUCGCAGCGGUCCAAGGUCGACAUGAAGCGCAACGCGCUCGUCUCCGUCUUCCUGCGGGUGCUGGAGUACUACAACGGGCUGCUCUUCCUGACCACGAACCGCGUCGGCACGAUCGACGAGGCCUUCAAGUCGCGCAUCCACAUGUCGCUGUACUACCCGCCCCUCGACAAGACGCAGACGCGCGAGAUCUUCCGCCUCAACAUCGCGAAGCUGCGGGAGAUCGAGGCGCAGCGGCACGCGAUCACGGGGGAGCCGACGCUGGUGGUCAAGGACAGCGAGAUCAUCGACUUCGCCGGCAAGCACUUCGAGGAGAACGCGCGCUCGACGGGCUGCUGGAACGGCCGCCAGAUCCGCAACGCGUUCCAGAUCGCGUCGAGCCUCGCGCACCACAACUACGCGCACGCUGUCGAGGAGGCGCGCGCGCAUGGUCGCCAGCCCCCCGCGGCGCCGCUGCUCGACCGUGGUCUGUUUGAUAAGGUGCAGAUGUCGACGCAGAGCUUCGAUCGCCAUAUGAAGGACUCGAAGGGGUUCGAUGCGGAUUUGCCGCUGAGGAGCACGUUUUACGAGGAGAAUAAGUUUGAGUGAUUGCUUUUAUAGGGGAGGGUAAUGGUGUUUGAUCAAAGAUGGAUUUAUGAGCUUUUAUAACGACAUGAUUUGGGCAAUUUCCUGCGUGGCACUUAGGUAGCGUUGCUAUAUAGGUAGUUGAACGAUAACAAGAUUGAAG